AGUCCUGAGAGUUUCUCAGUCGCAAGAAGAUGCUGUUGCGUGUGAUCAUUUCAGCACAGGACAUUAGAAAGCUCCGCUUGGACUCUGUUCCAGAUUCGGUUGAUGACCUGAAACUGGUGUUGAAAAACAAACUGCAGUUACGCUCUUCAUUUGACCUUCAAUAUGAAGAUGAGGAUUUCAAAGACUUCUGCAACCUCACGUGUGUUGAUGAUCUACCAAAGGACAAGGUGACAUUGCAAGUCGUUUUCUGCCCUGUCUCUUCAGACUCAAGUUUGGACACUUUUAGCUCUGCUGUACCAUCAUCUCUGGCAGCAUCCUCUUUAGCUCAUUCAUCAUCUCCGACGACAUCCUCUUCAUUGAGCAGCCAAACAGAGUGCUUUGCAGGUCGGCGUUCACAGCAAUGGCCAGCUUAUUUUCCCAUUCCCACCUUCUCAUAUGAUGUUGAGCUGAAGCUCUGGCAGGGCAAUGAUGCUUUUAGAGAAAGUGGAGCACUUAUAUCCAUUUCAAGGGACAUGAAGUCUCAGAUUCUGCUCAAACUUGCUGAAACAAUAUAUUCAUUCAUGACCUACCCUACACUUGAACAUUUUGGAUGUGUAGCUAAGGCACUUGUUGAAAAACAUCCUUGCCUUACAGAACCUGGCUCCACAUCUGGAUGGUAUGGAUGGAAACAUAGCAUAAAGUUCAAGAUGGGCAAUUACAGACAGAAAUUGAAAGGUGUGGGCUGCCGAGAACUGGAGGUUAAUUCUGAGAAAAGAGGUGCUGGGGACACGCGAGGGAAGAGAAACAAAGUGAAGAAACCUAGACGGUCUGAAACAAAUUUUCUUCCAGAUCUCCCCCAGGGAAGAGACAGCAGAAGUCUUGAAGAAGAUCGAGAAAAGAUGGUCCAGGAGAUGAAAAAAACAACCCCAAACCUGGCCUACAUCGAUGAUGCAAUGAAUGCCACAUACGCACUGAGAAGACAGGAGAUCGUUGAAGAGGAGCCACCUGUGGCCGAAAUGAGAGUCAGAUGGCCUGCCCUUUUUACUGAAAGACAGAUUGCCAAGGAAUUCACCAGGCUCACUUCAAUGGACAUCAAUAAAUUCUAUGAGGGUCUGGACAGCCAUCUGCAUAAACUUCUUCAGUUAUUCCGGUUGAAGCACUUCGAGGAAGUUCAAGACAUGACAUCCUUAAUGGAGAGUCUCGACAAGGAUGCAUCAAACCAAAGGAAGAGAGCAGCAGCUUUGCAGGGACUGCCAUGGUACAUGAAGGAAAAUCCUUCUACAUUGAUGAAGAGAUGUGAGCCAACAGAUCCUGGGGAGGACUUCAUCAAAGGAAUGGUGAUUGGAAUCCUUUUGGUUGUUGAAGAUGUGAAAGAGCCCCUUCCAGUUUCCUACAACGAUGUUGCCAUUGUCAUUGAGGAAAAGAUUGUCAUGCGUCAUCUUGGUGAUGUACCCAACGCUUUUGUGAACCUGAUGGGCCUGCUGUACAUGCUGAACCUUGACUAUCCAAAAGACAUGAAAUAUACUUUUGAGGUGAUUCAGCGCCUGUUCAUGGGAAUCGGGUGUGAGAUGUGCACUCCCAGGGUUCACUCUCUAAAGAAUAAACUGCUCAGUUAGAGGGAUGGCUCAGGAGGAUGUUUCUGCAUUUGGCCAUGAGGAAGAAUUCUAAUUUUCUUGCCAUUUGCUAAAAAAGUUUGUCGAGACAAACUUAAAGUUGGCUCAAGAAAGCCGGACCAGAAACUUUAAAGAAGUUUGUUAGUUUGAAGUUUAAAUUAGUUUAAGUUAGCUUAAGUUAAAGUAGUUUAUAGUUUAAAGUUUAAAUUAGUUUGAAGUAGAUAGAUAAACGAGUUUGUUAGUUUAAAUUUCACACACAGGCACGCUCACUAACUCUCUCUCUUUCACACACACACACACAUGCUCAUCAACUCACACACACACACGCACAUACACUCACACAAGCAAUACAAAUGUAGUAAGAGGAAAUGUAAAGCCUUUCUGUGGGUCACAACAGUUUAUGUUUUUAUGUUCUAACAGAUGUCUAUUGCUCUCUGUGGAGGAAAUGUCACUUGCAGACACUAAAUUGUAUUUUAUGUUGUAGAGCAAACAUGAACAGAGUGGAGAUUUCUGUAAUGUUUGAACGUGUUCAUUUUCUGGCUGACAUUUGAGCAAGUUUCUCAGAGAUACAUUUUUUUGUUUGUUUUGUUUUUACAAAUCUUUCUGCAAAUUACUGCAGCAACUCUGAACAUCCACAACAAUUGACUCAGUUGAAUUCGGAGAGUUAUUGUUUUUCCCCAAAGGAAGGCUGCACUUAUUUUUAUGUAUUAUAUUAUUAUUUGUGGAACAGUGUAAUUUCAGUUAGUAAGCAGCCCCAAGCAAAAGUGUGUUAGAGAGUGUAAAGGCAAAAUUUUGAACAUGUCCCAAGGAAGGUCUUUUUUUUUGAUGUCUCAAUUUUAAAGCAAGGCUGGGUGAAGUUGGACUUGUUGGGGUUUUAAUAAAGGUCCUUAUUGAAUUGGA